AUGGAUCACCUUGUUGGCCCGUCAAGGCCAUACAAGACUCUCAAAAUACCCUUUCUCGGGGAAAUGUACGAUGAGCUCGGUUUUGACGGCUAUCCUUCUCGCAAGCAGUGGACAAUUGCCGAUCUCAAGGAUGGACAGAGGUCGACAAGAGCUGCCUAUGGCUUCCUGCAAAGCUGGUUAUACUUUGGCACUUUGCAUGAGAUCUUUGGUAUUUUAAACAUCAAAAUCGACCUGACAAACUAUAUCAACGACGAGGAAGGGUCUAUCACAACUAGACACCUGACCACACAUUUGUCCCUGUGGGCUGAAAAGGAAAAAAAGGCUUCUGCCGAAAGCCGAACUCAGCGAAUUGAGAGCAUUGACGCUGUUCUGCGGACCGCCAUGGCUAUGGUGAACGAUUUUGAAGACGAUAGCCGUCCGUUGCCAGCAUCAUCAAUCGUCUUCUCAAUAGGAAUGCUACUAUUAACAUUGAGAAAUGCCGCAUUUCGGAUUUAUGAUCUUGCAUUGGGGUAUCCUCGUACGAAGAAUUGCAAAUUUCUUGGAUCGUUGUUUGAAUCGGCGGGCUGGUGUCCAUAUCAAGUCGCCAAGCUCCAGGACUUGUACCAUCCCUGGUCCCAGUACUAUGCGUACCUCCUUGGUUCACCGGGAGACUUGAGAAGGCAUUCGCAGUGUCAAAGAGAGAGCUGUGUUGCCAAUCAGGUAACAGAAGUACUCUAUGAAACUAAGCACAUUGCGGUCAAAGACGGAAAGUGUCAGCUAUGCCCCCCCGACGAGGACCUGCAUUGGGUGCCGGACAUGCAAACCGUGAUAGACAUCCUCGAAAAAGGCAGGAUUCCUAUCAUAUCGGUCUCAAACAUUUACCUCGGUGGCAUGGACUUGCAGCCUGAGAUAAUUGAGUACCGAACCGAUAUGCGAUUCGUUGCAAUAUCACAUGUUUGGGCAGAUGGACGAGGCAAUCCUCACAGGAACAGUCUCCCGUGGUGCCAGCUGUUAGAGUUACGACGGUAUCUUGCGCCCUUGCAACCGGGGGGAGAAUUGGACAGGCACUAUUUUUGGAUUGAUACGUUGUGUGUCCCUCUCCGCCCGUCCGCUUCACGGAGGUUAGCAAUUGUCAACAUGCGUCAAACAUACCAACAGGCUCAUGCAGUAUUGGUUCUCGACAGUGGACUCAUUGCAUCUAAACGUCCACCUUCAACCUUAGAAUGUUUGGCGCAAAUUGCGCUUAGUAACUGGGGGAGCCGACUGUGGACCUUCCAGGAAGCAAAUCUAGCCAAAGAUCUCCGUUGCGUGUUUAGUGGCAACGAAAUCGUGGAUAUGAACGAUCUGAUGCCCUCAGAACAAGAUUUGGCAGACCAGUCUGCUGACCUGAACGGCUUUGUUAGUAAGGUGAGGAUUGAGUUACUUGAGAAUUCGUCGUGGAUUAUGCAUCUUCAUGGAACUCCCUAUUUUAACCCGUUCUUAUCUAUUUGGUAUGGUAUUUCAUGGCGCACCACUAGCAAGCCGGAGGACGAAACAAUCUGCGUUGGCACAUUGCUUGGACUUGACGUAGGCAAAAUCACCGAAACGCCCACUGCACCAGACCACCAAAUUACCCAGAUGAAGCGACUCUUGACACUUCAGGGAAGAUUUCCGGACAGCAUCAUAUUCGGGGACUUUGCAAGGAUGCACGAAGAUGGCUUCAGAUGGGGACCGCAGUCGUUUCUA